AUGUCGACGAUUCGCCUUACAGUCUACGAUCUACUUCGCAUCACCUACACAUACGAAGGAAGAGCAAUGGAGGAAGCAGCCCGAAGUCGUUCAGACUCGGUUUGCUCCUCACCAGAAAUGUGCUCGCACAUGUCGCCACCUUCGCCGUCUGGCAACUUCAGCAUCCUUGAAACCGACUUCACACAACGAUACUGCAGGAAAAACAGUCAAUGA